AGUGCAUGUGCAAGGCUGCGGCUGUCCCCCGGAAGGUGCUAAACUUCAACAAUACAAUUCAAGACACAUAUUUGCAUGGAGAGAGAGAGAGAGGGGGGACAACAGUAAAGUAGAGGACGGCAAGCCACCGACUGAGGUGGCACGGCUACUCAGCAUGGCUGAGCUGCGCCUCCAAGUGCUCGCCUUCGUCAUGGCCCUCGCAAUCGCUGCCGUCAGCUGCGGCGGCUUCGAGUUCCAGGAGGCCACCGUCGACGCCAUCCAGCUCGGCUUCAGGAACGGCAGCCUGACCUCCACGGCGCUCGUCCGGUUCUACCUGGACCAGAUCGGCCGCCUCAACCCGCUGCUCCACGCUGUCAUCGAGGUCAACCCAGACGCGCUCGCGCAGGCGGCGCGCGCCGACUCCGAGCGCUCCUCCGGCCGUUGCCCCAGCGGCGCCGGGGGGCUGCACGGCGUCCCCGUCCUGCUCAAGGACAACAUCGCCACGCGCGACCGGCUCAACACGACGGCCGGCUCGCUCGCGCUGCUCGGCUCGGUGGUCAAGCGCGACGCCGGUGUGGCCAGCCGCCUCCGCCGCGCCGGCGCUGUGAUCCUCGGCAAGGCCAACCCCUCUGAGUGGUCAAACUUCCGCCCCGUUGCUUCCGGGUGGAGCGCUCGCGGCGGCCAGACACUGAAUCCGUACGUUCUCUCCGCCACACCGUGUGGAUCCAGCGCUGGGCCAGGUGUUGCUGCGGCGACGAACAUGGCAGCGGUGACGCUAGGGUCGGAGACCGAUGGCUCCAUACUUUGCCCGUCAUCCUGGAACUCCGUGGUUGGGAUUAAGCCAACUGUUGGGCUGACAAGCCGAUCUGGGGUCAUCCCCAUCACGCCUAGGCAAGAUACUAUUGGACCAAUGUGCCGUACCGUAUCCGAUGCCGUCCAUGUGCUGGAUGCCAUCGUCGGCUACGAUGCGCUUGAUGCUGAGGCAACUGGAGCGGCCUCCGAGUACAUCCCGCCUGGUGGGUACAGGCAGUUCCUAAAGACUGAUGGAUUGAAGGGCAAGAGGAUCGGUGUCGCUAGUAUGUUUUUCGCAGGGUACGAUGAUGUGCAUCUGACGGUGUACGAGGAGCAUCUCCACACAAUGAGGCGACACGGCGCCACCUUGAUCGAUCUUGACAUCGCAACAAACUUGACUGAUCUGGGUAUACAAGAGAUGAUUGCGAUGUAUGCAGAGUUCAAGUUGAGCAUCAACGCGUAUUUGUCAGACCUAUUGUACUCCCCCGUCCGCUCCCUUGCAGAAGUCAUAGCAUUCAACAACGCACAUCCUGUAGAGGAGAGGCUCAAGGAUUUUGGGCAGCCCGACCUAAUCGCGGCCGAGAAGACAAACGGCAUCGGCGUCGCGGAGAGAGCCGCGAUCCGACGGCUCGACCAGCUGUCCACCGACGGGUUGGAGAAGCUGAUGAACCAGCACCAAUUGGACGCAAUCGUGGCGCCCAACAGCGACGCCUCCUCUGUCCUCGCCGUCGGCGGCUACCCCGGCAUCGCCGUGCCGGCUGGCUACGACAAGCGGGGGGUCCCCUUUGGGAUCUGCUUCGGUGGGCUCAAGGGCUACGAGCCGAGGCUGAUCGAGAUGGCUUUUGCGUUCGAGCAGGCGUCCAAAGUGAGAAAGCCGCCUGCUUUCAAGCGCUAGCUAGCGUCAAUGGCAUGUAGCAAGAAAAUGCCAGAAUAACUCCAUGAAAUAACCAUCUUGUAAUAACUUUAAAACUCUCGUCCUCUGUUCUGAACAGAACACAUGAUUAUCGCAAAUAAAAAGAAUUCAGCAGGGACCAACGAUUUGGUACAA